GGCAGCGGAGGAGCAGGAUGGAUGUCCUGACUCACAUCCUUACAGACCCUCUUGAGCCUAAAGAGGAGGAGGGUGGUCAGAUCACUGAGGAGUGCAUGCUUGGUAACUGCAGGGUCAGCCUGCCCGAGGAACUACUUGAAGAUCCUGAAAUCUUCUUCUCUGUGAUGAGUGAAAGCACGUGGACUGAAGUCCUGUCCGAUUCCCAGCGGCAACACCUCAGUCAGUUUUUGCCACAGUUCCCCGACAAUAACAAAGCAGAGCAGGGCAGCGCCGUGGACGACCUGUUCAACAACAGAAAUUUUCAUUUUGGAAAUCCUCUUCAUCUUGCACAAAAACUCUUCCGAGAUGGUUACUUCAACCCUGAAGUUGUCAAGUACAGGCAGUUGUGUGCAAAGUCUCAGCAAAGACGACAGUUAUACUCUCUUCAGCAAUAUUACCACAGGCUGCUGAAACAAAUCCUCGUCUCCCGAAAGGAGUUAUUGGAUUUUGCAGUUCACAACGGUGUGGGCUUUCCACCAAAGAGAAAGGUACAGACAAGGAGUCAUGCUGAAAUACGAGAACAAAAGGUUAGAAGAAGACUGAGACGCAUUUUAAAGGAGGUUAAAACAGAAUGCGGAGACAGUAAUGCUUCGUCGGAUGAUGACGAUCUAACGUUGUGGACGCCAGCACCACAGUCGCCCUCUUCACCGACAUCAACCGUCUCACUCAGAGUUGUGCCCAGCCUCUCUACCCAAGACAUGAAGACCACUGAAAAAAUCCAUCUUGGAGAGCAGGACUUGAAAGUCAUGCUGCAAAACCAUCGCGAGAAGAGGAAGCGACAACCAGAUCAUCCAGAUUUGAUGACCUCCGACAUCCACCUCAGUGACAUCCUCUCAAGGGCAAAUAUCGGUCGCAAAUCAGCCUUACCACUUUUUGAGCUCUCUCUGCCGAAGAAAAAAAUAAAAGAAGAGAGAAGGAAGAAGAAAAUGAGAACGGUGAAAGUGGAAUCUGAGGAUCCCUGCGACGCUCUUACUUCAGACGCCACAGCACCCCCUCUGGCCAAUAUCGUCAACUCCAUGCCGGACACGCCGUUGACACCCCUGGCCCACAUCAAGGAAGAAAUCCCGGAGGAGCCUCCGAGCAGCCCGGUCGUCGUGGAGGAACUCGCCGUCAGUUUCUUCAGUUUGUUGGAGACCAUCUUGAGGACGGAGCACCUCGCCAGCACUUCACUGUUGGAGGAGAAAGUUCAAAUGUGGCAGACGUCUCCCGCGAGCUCACUCAAUGCCUGGUUUUCGUCGGCUUCCUGUUGGUCCGACUUGGUCCUCCACGCCUUGCAGUUUCUUGCAGGAGAGAGUAAAGAAGGUGUCAUGGCGCUCCCCAGCGGCUUUCUGCCAUUCGUGGAAUUUGUGGAUGAAAUGCAGCAGUGGAAGUGGAUCGGCCCUACUCAGGAUGCAGAGAAGGACUUGAUUGCGCUCUGUCAACUGUGGCUGGACUCCAAAGAUUUUGUGGUCAAGACGGAAAGCGAAGAGCUAUCCGACUUAACGCCGCCCAUGCCGCGAGUUUCCACAGAUUAUGUGGUGAGACCCAGCACGGGGGAUGAGAGACAACUCUUCCAAAUUCAGGAGCAGCAGAGAUACAACCAACCCCAUAAAGCCUUCACGUUCCGCAUGCAUGGCUUCGAAUCGGUCGUGGGGCCCGUGAAGGGAGUAUUCGAUAAGGAAAUGUCUCUCAAUAAAGCUCGGGAGCAUACGCUGUUGCGCUCCAACCGCCCGCCAUACGUCACCAUCCUCUCUCUGGUGCGAGACGCGGCGGCCAGACUACCCAACGGAGAGGGAACUCGGGCGGAAAUCUGCGAACUGCUGAAGGACUCGCAGUUUCUUGCCCCCGACGUCACAAGUGCACAGGUGAACACAGUGGUCAGCGGGGCUCUGGAUAGGCUGCACUACGAGAAGGACCCUUGCGUCAAGUACGACAUCGGCCGCAAACUGUGGAUUUACCUGCACCGCAACCGCAGUCAGGAAGAGUUUGAGAGGAUCCACCAGGCUCAAGCGGCUGCCGCAAAAGCAAGAAAAGCACUGCAGCAGAAGCCGAAACCUUCCUCCAAACCUAAAUCUGGCAGUAAAGAGGGAGGUGCUAAAACCGCUGGAUCUUUGGAAUCAGGACAGGAUAUUGGUUCCGGUCCCAUGUCGCCAACACCAACUACACCAACCCCAAACACUCCCGGGACCCCAAAGUCACCUUUGCCCUGCACGGUCACGACGCCAACUAAGACCACCAUCCCAGAUGCAAUUAAAUCCAGCCCGGGCGUUCUCCUGAUGUCUCCCCCCUCCUUGCCACAACUGGGCUCUGUCCUACCCGCCAGUCAGUCUGGACCAGCCGCCUCUCAGCCCGUCAAUUCCCAACACGCGGCCCGAAUCGUGAGUCACCUGGCGGCAGGCUCCCUCCCUCAGGUGCGCGUCGUCUCCGCUCAGCCCGGACUGGGUUCUCCGUCAGGAAGUCAGCAAGCUGCUUUGGUGCAUCAGAGCGCUCAUCAGAUUCGAAUGCCGGUAUCUAUGGCAACCAAAAGCAUCUCACAGGCAGUCGUGUCCAUGCCUUUGAGGAGCCAGUCGGCCAGUCCCGUGCAGGUGUCCAACACGGUGUCGGUUUCCACCGCGGCUGUGCCUAGACCUCAGACUGUGUCACCCAGCAGCCCAGCCAACAUCCCAACAUCAUCGCCGACACUCUUGCAAGGAGUCGCCAGCCAAAACAUCAAACAGGUGUCCAUCACUGGCCAGUUAGGAGUGAAGACCCCAGGCGCGGCGGGUAUUCCGCUCACCGCCACAAACCUGCGCAUCCAGGGGAAAGACGUCCUACGCCUUCCGCCCUCCUCCAUCACAACGGAUGCCAAAGGCCAGACGGUGCUGCGGAUCACGCCGGACAUGAUGGCCACGCUCACCAAAUCUCCCGUGGCCACGGUCAAACUCACGCCCGACUUCCUGGGCGCGAGCGCCGGAGGCGGCGGUAGCAAGAGCAUCUCAGCCACUCUCCACGUCACGCCCCCACACCCGUCCGUCUCCGCCCCCGCGUCCUGCACCGGGGAGGUAUCCUCCGCCAAAACCACGCCCCUGGCGUCCACCCUGCUGAAGGCUGCGGGAGACGCGGCCAUACGCCUCAUGCCCACUUUGGGCGUUACCGUGGCCGACCAGAAAUCUCGGACUUUCUCCACCGUCAGCGCUCCGGAUAAGAGCGGCACCACCAUCCGUAUCAUGCCGGGACUCGGGGUGAUUCCGCAGAAGCAAGGUCAGACCAUCACCAUGACGUCCGCCGGCAGCAGCAAGCCCGUGACGGUAUCCGCCGGCGGUAACGUCAUGACCGUCGCUGGCACGAAAAGUAUCACGGUGGCUUCCGGAGCCUCGGCUUCUCCUCUGAAGCUGGGGGCGGCCACGGCAACCAUGCGGCAGGUACCCGGCCCUGUGGUCAACGCGCAGACGGGGAAGUUACCCGCCCGCAUCACCGUUCCUCUAUCGGUCCUCAACCAACCACUGAAAAGUAAAAGUGUGGUGACCGCGCCGAUUGUGAAGGGGAGUCUCAACACCAAUAUCAGCAGCUUGGGUCGAAACAUCAUCCUAACCACCAUGCCGGCGGGCACCAAGUUGAUUGCUGGGAACAAACCGGUUAGCUUUGUCACCGCGCAACAGUUCCAGCAGCUUCAGCAGCAAGGACAGGCCACACAGGUUCGCAUCCAGACAGUGCAGGCACAGCAGCUCCAGCAGCACAUGGCGGCAGCUUCCCCUAAAUCGGUCUCUACGGUCGUCGUCACCGCGGCGCCUUCGCCAAGAUGUCCGCCCGAUCUCCCGCCAGGGCCUCCUCAGUGAUUUUCGUCCUGAGUUAUUUGUGUGUUUCUAUAAUACUGGCUUUUUUCAGCGUGUAUUUUUUUUUCCAUGUAGCUCAAAAGCACGCUCGUAUUUCUUUCUCUGUUCGAGUGCAUUCACCUUUUUUUUGUGAUAUUCAACUAUAUUUCAUCAAUUUCAUUCCCCUUCAUGUUGAAGCCAAGAUGUUAAAUUAUAAGUUCUAUAUUAUCACUGAUUAAAUCUCACAACUUCA